UUGACUUGUUGAGCGCGGCGGCUGGAAGCAGAUGCAGCGGGAACCGAGGUUCUUACUCUCGAGAUGGCGAGGGAGGUAUAAAUAAAUAAACUUUUGGGCUGCCACCCAAGAGGGGAGGAGUGAAAGCUCGUGGGUGAAAGAGAGGAGAGAGAAGAGUAAUCGUUGAGAGGCAACACAUGAACGAGAGAAAAGAAUAAUUUUUCUGAGGGUUUUUGAGAACUGCGAGUGAACUUCCUGGACCUUAGCUGGAAAGAAAGUGGCACCAGAAUCCAGUUCCGAACACUGGGAGGACGUCAAGUUUGGUGACUCGGUUUCACUUGGCACUGCCUUUUGGAAGAGGCAGCGGAUCAGGGCGACUACAAAAGCAGGAAGAGAGCCUGGGACAUUCUUCUGAGUCACCCGCAGCAGUGGGAAAAAGGCAGCUGGAGCGUGGUUGCUGUCCCUUGCCAAGAUGCCCAUCCUCAAGCAGUCCCCCGUCGCCCAUUCCAAGAAGCGGCCCCGUCUGGAUCGGGCCAUGAUCAGCGCCCCCUUGGGGGAUUUCCGGCACACGAUGCACAUUGGCCGUGGCGGCGACGCUUUCGGGGACACGUCUUUCCUCAGCAACCACGGGGGCUCCAAAGCCAAUGGGCUGCCGGCCGACGUGGCCGUGUCCCCCGGGUCUCUCUCUCGUCCCGGAAGCACCUCCGGCUGCUCUGAGCUGCGGUCUCCUCCUGGGAGCGGGAAUGGGGCGGUUCAGAGUCCAGCCACGUCGACCCCCGACGGCAGCUUUGUGGCCCUGCAGCACCCCGACCCAGCGGAGCGGCAGCCCCCCAAUGGAGGGGACUGGAGCCUACAACCUGAGCUCACCUGGGAGAGCUCCACCUUGGAACAUGCAGAGUCCCUUCUCUCUUUCCAGUUGGACUUGGGCCCUUCCAUCUUGGAAGAUGUGUUGGGAGUGAUGGAUAAAGACUGGGACAGUGCCAGGGGGCAGGAACAGGAGCCCUUGAGGCACGAGAGCUUGAGUCCCACGGGUGGCCUCCACCAGGGUGGUGGUGGUGGUGAAGAACAAGAAGAAGAAGAUGAGCAAGAGGAUGAGGAGGAUGAAGGGCAGGGCUACAGUUUUGAGGAUGAACAGGAUGAAGAGAUCGGGCUAUAGAAGGAAGGCAGGAUUCUGGUCUUUCAUUCUCUGGUUCCUGCUUCCUACCUGCAAUGCCCAAAUCCACUCCUGCAGAGUUUCUUAGCCCCUCUGGAAAGAGGCAAUGGCAGCUGGCAGCCCAUGGGUCAAAAAUGGCCGGCCAAUGACUGUCUCUGGGUAUCCCACUUAGCUGGUCUCCUCCAAAGGAAUCUUUGAAGCUUCAAAUCCCUCUUUGUUGCACCUCCAACAUGGUUCUGGUGUCUUGCACAAAGGGAAUCAGCUCACUGCUUCUGGGUUUUUUUCUGAAGGGGUGGAGCUUCACUUCUCACUGUUGUUUGUCCUGGACUGGACAAUCGGCAUCAAGAUUCAUUGCAUAAGACUGUCUUUGAAAAAUCAGCUUGCUGUAGGCACUCCGUUGACCAUCUCUUUCCCAACUUCUGCCAUUUGAUUGUACUCUCUCCACAGUCUGGUUUGGGCCAGAUCCUUUGAUGUAUUGAAAAAUGCACUGGGGGCUCAAGCCCCCACAUCUGCUGGAAUCAAUGAAGCAGCACAGAGCCGAAGCCACUAAAACCUUCUUGUUUAUCCACUUCACCUUCCACUUCUGAAUGGCUCAUUCUCUCUCAACUUGCCUGUGAUUCUCUGUUCAGCUGAUGAUUUUUCAACUGGACAGUUUUUGAAAAAAGAGUUGGAAAAAUGGUUGACCUGAUAAUCCUGCUUUUCCAUCCCUCUGUCAAAAUAACAAGUGGCAAGCUGAUGGAAAGGAGGAUGGGGGAAAAUGUAUAUAUUUUUAUUUAUCUUUUGGUCUCCAAGUAUCUAUUGGCUAUUCCUCAUUUGUUUUCCUGUGCAGCUUUGUUGGUAUUUUCAGCCGUGUUUAGCCAUACGACUAUUUAUUUACUUGUCCACAUUUCUCUUUCUUUAUCUAUUCAGCCUUCCAUGUAUCCUGGUGGACUUCCAUCUAUUUGAUAUCCAUUCACUGAUUAUUUACCAUUUGUUUUAGUCCGUACAUCCAUGUAUCUAUUUAUCCAGCUGCAAGGCCUUUUACAAGGAGAUGCUUGCUCUGAUCGUGGGUAAGGCUGGGCGGGGGUGGGAAGGUGUUGAAAGGCUUCAGAGAGGAUGCUGAAGAUGGAGUUUGGGGCUGAGAGAGGGAAGGAGAGCUGCUUUGCAUAACCUCUCAGAGACAUAGUCAGGAGAAGAGGGCAGGAUGUAUGAAUGAAUGUGCUGGGGACACAGAGUGAAGUCACUGCCAAGCAGAAUGGUAAAUAGCCACUCCCCUGGUCAUCUGUGGUGCGUUGUAACAGUUACCUGCAGGUGACCAAGCAGAAAAUAUUUUUUUACGUUGUAAGAGAUGUUUUUGUUUUCUUCAGUCCACCACUAUUCAAAUAUUAACUGGCAAAGGUAUGUCUGGACAAGCUGACUGGAACAUUCUCUGACCAUUUUUCCCCCUGGGUGCAAGGAUACCUUUUGUAGACUUACUUGCAAAGGCCCAAACUGGGAAGAUGCAGGUGGAGAAACACAUCCAUUCUCCUCAUUAAAGCCUUGAUGGGGCCGGGGUAAUACAACAGGGCUGGGUAAACAGACUGCAUCUCCAUCAAAUGUGAACUGGACAGCUUCUCAUUAGGUGCUUUUAAUACAAAUAAAUAGAGCGGGUGAUCACUGGAGAUGAAUUUGCUGGCUAAUAACUAGCUGAAAGGUCUCCUCUAAAUAUUGGAAUCUCCCCAGUUCCAAGACCCCAUUCGUUAACUGACCCGCAUGACCACACAUUAUCCAGGCACCAAUAGUAAGCAUCUGGAAAGUUAACCCGCCCCUUUACCAAACCCCAUAUCUUUGUGGCUACCCUUCCCAAGUCCUCCUUUGGUGCUGCCAUGGAAUAGCGUAUUUAUUCAUUAACUCCUGCAAUAAUAGAUACCUAAGCGCUACUUGAGAAGGCCACCUCCAACUUAAGAGGCUUGUGACAAGGUCAUUAGGUGCAUGACCCUAACCCAUGUUCCUCAUUCUUCACUUGUGUUUUGUGCACUAGCUCAUGAAUCAAGAUGGAAAAGGUUGGUCAUGCAGGCAAGUUCCCAUGGAGCUUGCCUUGCCCAGUUGGGGGUCAGCACCUCUUGUGCUUCCCAUAUAAUAGGGAUGAGGCUUAAAUGUGUCAAAAUGAAGGAGGGCUGGAGGUUCGUAGCUUCUUAACACUGCCAGAGCUGCCUCUGGGCUUUAUUUGUAGAUGGGCGAGCUUCUGGGACGGUGCAUUUCAUUCUCUGUGUAUCUCUGCUUCUUUGCAAGUGAGAAAGUUGUUUUGGAGGUGGAAGAAGCAGGAAAGACCAGUUGCCAGUGAACUUGACGGGUGCGCCUUCUCUGAGAGCAAGGGGUGACCCACUUAGGCUGUGCGGGGUAUGGGGGUGGGCGAGGACGGUGGAAGGAGAGAAGCGGAGCCCCCCACCCCUCCAGCUGGCUCUGGCCCUCUCACAUUUGGCCUCCACCAGCUUAGAGGAAAUGGCAUAAGGGGAAGGCAUCAAUGCGUCAUAAAACAGCAGAGGAGAUACUUUCAGGUGCCCGGAAAAAGGUUUUAUUGGUCCUGAUUUGUUUCAGAAAGAAAUUUCCUUCCUCGGGUCCCUUUUUGUCUCUCCAAAUACUGUGCAGAAAAUCUUACCAGCCCUUCCUGUGCUUCCAAACACUCCAACAGAUUUAGCCAUGAGGCAAGAGGUCCCUGAUAGGAGCAUGACUGCCCUUGUAUGAAUUAGACAAUUUCCAUCCUGUGUGGUGGGAAGAUUUGCCUUACAAUGCAGUUUAAUUGUGUUGUAUCUACCAGUGCAGAGCUGAGUUGGAGAGUCAGGAGGGGGAGUAUAUUGGGUCUCCUAAGGAGAGAACUUGCCUGCAAUGCAUGAGGGGAAAUUCCUGCAUUUGGGGUUCAGCAUAAGACAACGGCAGAAGGAGAGCCCAGUCUAAGAAGAAAACUUAAAUAUGUGCAGUAAAGCGAGAGGGAUGCGAUGAUAUUCUAGAGUAGCCAUCCCCAGGUGCUUUGCAGGCAGGUGCUCCAGAUGGGUUGGAGAGCUAUGCUGGGUGGGGAUGAUGGGAGUUGUAGUCCAACACAUUUGGAGGGCCUCUGUUUGGGGAAGCCUGCAGUAGAACAUUGGGCUCCAGCCCAUGCUUGGAUGGGAUGUCCUAGGGUUGCGCAGGGUAGGUGGGCUGUAACGCAAUGCCUGAGCCCCCCCCCCCCCAGCCCUCCCAUGUUUUUAGGCAAAUCAUGCCUCCCCUGCUCCAGAAGUAGCCUUCGGAAAAUAGGGGCUGACACAGAAGGGGGGUGUCGGAGUCCCUUUCCCCCGUCUGUGGAUCAAGCGCCGCUUCAGCUGCUCGGUUGUAUCCAUGCCUGGCCUCACGGCGGCACUGCUCCCAUUCGGGGCUGCAGACUGGCCCUAGAAGGAGGGCGCCCCAAAGGAGGGGUAGGCGGUGGAGGGGGUGCCAGUGGUGCCAGAGGAGAGGAGCAGAAGGGUGAGGGGUGGAGAAGGAAGCAGAGGUGAGGCAUGGCCUUGUGCCUCCAAGCUGGUUUUCAUGGGAAUAGCUCCCCACUGCCCUAUUUCCAGGAACUGCAGUUUGAUGUGGGUGCCAAACAUUUUUUCUUUUUGGGUAGCUCAAGCCCUCCAGCUGCAUACAAACCUCACAUUUCUACAGGUCUCUGGGAGAAGGGAAGGCUGGGAGAUCAGACCUCUCCUGUAGGAGUGUAGAGCACGAGGCCCAGUCUAGCCCUCCAGGCGUUCCCUAGGUGGCCACUCUCCCUUCCUCGUAGCCGCCUACUGUUUGGUGGCUUUCCAGCUCUUUCCAAAAGGGCUGGGGUGCCUCUCCGAAGGCUGAGUUACAGAUAGGAAGAGCUUUUAGCUGACAUGGGCUGGUAGGCUUUGCUCUCUCCCCUUUUUUUUAUUCCUUUGGCCCUUUUCCAUUUACCCUCAACCACAGCCCCAAAAGUUUCUGUGAAAUGUGACUCGGUCCUUGACCCAAGAGAGGUUCAGCCCUCCUGGUAGGCAGCAUAGAGGCUCUCCAAAGAGGAGAACUUCAGAGGAAUGAUGAGUCUUUUUAAAACAGAGAGCUGAGAUUCCUGCGGCUUCUUUGAAGGGUGUAGCAGGAAAUGGGUGGCGAAGUUUUAAAGUUUUGGAAAUUCUUUUCUAUUUUAUGCCCUCGGUUAUCAUGUAACCUCAACUCGUCCAUCCCUCUCGUUCAGAACUCUCUUUAUCUCUGUGUUUUAACCAUGGGAAAUGUGAAAAAUGGUUUCCUGCAGAGACUGUGUGUGUGUGUUGCUGGUGUUCAAAGCUGCUCCAAGCAGGCUUGCCUUGAGGUUCAGCCCACGACUGCGAAAGAGAUCAGCACUGGAUGCUGACUGCUCUGCUGACUGCUCAUCCCUCAGGAGGACAAAACCUCCCGUUCUUCUCAUGCAUUAACCCCCCCCCCCUGCAUUCACACACACCCCGCCCCCCGCCACUGCAUUUAUGCCCCAAGCCAGGUCCUUGGGCCCCGGGGCCUUUUAGCCAUCCCUGUGACCACUGCAGCAAGACGGUGUGACCACUGUACGUGUAUGAUUUUGUAUGGAUUCCUGUGUAAGAACAUUAUAUCCCUGCCUUUGUCCACAUUAUAUUAAUUUUCAUCCUCCUAACAGAAUAUUUGUACAGCUACCAAAAAGUGUUUGAUAUUUCUUGUAAUUAAAAGCAAAUUAGUUUUG